UUAAAUGCAAGGUGUAUAUACUUAUACUUGAAAUUAUUGUAUCCCCUUUACAUGAGUGGUUCUUAUAAACUCAUACAUUGCAUGAAACAUAUAUUUUUUUCCAUUGCUUUGUUUCCCCAAUGCUCAAGCCUUUUGAGGUGGCGCCAAUUGUGAGAUUUUGCCAGUCCCAGCAGGGCAAGCAGUGUCCUUGAAUAGUGAGAGAAAACUAUUUCAGUUACGCUUCCUACUAUGUUGAAGUCUGGGCCACUCAAUGAGAGUUCAAACGUUUUGUGCUUUCUGAGGCAUUUUCAGAAUUUCCCUCUGCGUACUUGUCGCUGGUUUUACCAGUAUGACUUUUGUAAGUCUUGCUGUGGAAAUUUGCUCAUGGUAAACCUGGAACUGUACAAGGAUUAAUUAUGCUAUCAUGGUGAAGUGGUGGACCCCAAAGGGGGCUUGGUCUUUUUUGAGCUGGCUGUGUCACAGAGCCUCUGAUGUCAGACAACAGAAAAAUGACCGCAGUCCUGUGAUGUCACAAAGCCGGAUCAAUGCCCCUGGUGACUCCUGGGUUUGUUUGGUAGUAUAUGGUUUCUUUUUCCCGAGCAAGAUGCCGCUUCUUUUCUUGGGUUUUGCCCUGGGAGCCGUGGCCACAAAAACCCUGAGGACUGUCGUGGGGGGUCCACCUUCUGUUCGAGCGGGACGGCUGAUCCCGUGGGAGGACGAGCCCAUGGAAAGGACGGCGCGGCAGAAAAAGAGCCCGCUCAAGAAGAUAUGCCGCUUCGCAAACUACUACAACAACUGCUGGAUGAACUCCACGCUGCAAGCUACGCUAAACCUCAACGUGGUGCGGAAAAAGCUACCUAAUCGUAUCCUUCAGUUUGUGAAGUUACUCGCGAACAUGCCGGCGUUUGCUUGCCUCUAUCUGAGUGCCCUGGAGAAGCCGGGCGUGAGCUUCACGGCGGCGGAGCUCUGCGUGGCGCUGGCCGAGCUCUGCGACUGCGUCCCGGCGCUCUUGUUGUACGAGAACAACGAUUCCGUGGAUCUGUUGGUGCCGCUGUUGUCGUGGUUCGACCAGUGUGGGAUCCGCACAAGUAUCAAGGUGCGCAACGUCAGCUGGUGUCCGCAUUGCCACCACACCACCUCGUCCAUCGCCAACUUGGGCAACAUCGUCACGUUGCCCAGACCGCGCAAUGGCGAGACGUUGCUGUCUUUGAUGAAGCGCGCCACGAGCGGGCGACGGAGCCGGUGCAAAGCGUGCGGGCACAAAACGAUGCAAAAGCAGUUCUGGCCCCAUUCGGACAUUUUGACCUUUUUCGUCAACCGGAUCGUCGGCGACGGCUACGUGAGUCACGACCACGUCUACUCGCCGGAGCUGCUAGAGAUGAACGUGAACGAGAAGACCAAGCAAACGUACCGCCUGGCCUCUGUCAUCUGCCAUGAUGGCGUGGACCGUCACAGCGGACACUUUUGGUCCUACCUCUUUUCUAACAACGUUAUUAUUGAGGCUAAUGAUACUGACCUAUCCUUUACGGAUCAGGGUCCGCCUGACAAGGUCUACAAUAAUGGUACAACUUAUCUCUAUGAAAUGCCAUGAGAUAAAAUACACAACAGUACCAUGUAUCGCUAAAAGAAAUGUGCUACCAAAUAAGGUGUACAAGAUCAAUACUUGGGUUGGGACUGGGUUUAGUCAGCACUAUUGUUUGGUCUGGAGGCAAAACCGAAAUUGUGUCAGUGGCACCAAGUGUCGAAAAUGUCCUGAGGCCCACCGCUAACAUGAACCAGGUUGCGUCCGAAACUAGCUAGCAGCUGUUUUGUUUACAAGCGAGACUGGCGAGUCACUCGACAGCCACCAACGUGCUCUGUAAAGUACUUUGUUUCAAUAAAGUGCUUUUUGACUUGUUUGUU